AUGAAUUGGGGUUUAAGAUUUGAAGAGAAGCUUCGAGUUGAGGACCGUCAAGAUCCAUGGUGGUCCAUGAGAAAUGACUGGAGAUGGAAAGGAAAUGUCAACGAUGGUUUCAGCACCGAGAGGAAGGCCUUCAACGUGAGGCACAUGGACAGGGAUAAAGGAGAUGAGGAUUGGAACAGAAAUAAUGGGACAGCAGAUUUUUGUUCCACAUGGACGGGGAUAAAGGAGAUGAGAAAACCUUCUGAAUCAUCAACGGCCGCUGGAAGCAACCCCAGUACUGGUGGGCAACCAUUACCACAGAUACCCGAGGAACAGACCCCUCGUACCGAGGAAUAUCCUCGACAACCUGGAAAGCAGCCUAUGGUGGAUCCGGACCCUGAGGAGAGGAGUGAUUCAUCCAACUCUCGGGGGCCGCCUGCCCCCAGGCCUGACGAGGAUUUGUAUUACAAUCCUAAGAGGUAUAUUCCUAUCGUGGAACUUGAAAAUUGCCAGCUGCAUAAACAGUUGGCAGAGGCGACAAAACACAAUGAAGAAUUAGCCAGACAAGCAGCUGACGCCCAGGCACCUCCCACCACCUUGUAUCGUACCUUAGACAUUCUCUAUCCUCUUGCCGGCCGACUCGUCAUCACCGAAAAUGACGAUGGAACUGUUUGUUUUCACGUUGACUGUAACGGCACCGGAGUCCUUUUUGUCCACGCCGUCACUGACGGCGUCACGGUGGCUGAUAUUAUCGAGCCAGUCAUUGUCCCAGACAACAUCGUUUUCUCUCUUUUUUUAUUGAACGGAGUGGCUAACUACGAAGCCGCCGUUUCGAAUCUACCUUUGGUGGCUGUGCAGGUAACUGAACUCGUCGACGGUUUCUUCGUCGGGUGUAGUGUAAACCAUUCCGUCAUCGACGGCACGUCGUUUUGGAAGUUGUUCAACCUUUGGUCGGAAAUCUCACGCGACGGCAGCUACAAAAACGACUUCGUUUCGAGUACAGAUCGCGGCAACUUCUUCCUCGAUCUCCCGAUCCGAGUCCCUUUCUUCGGUUCUUCUUCUGCUUCAUCAUCAUCAUCAUCCUCAUCUAGUCUGCAACAAAUGAUGAUCCAUUUCUCCAAGAAAAGAAUAGCUGAGCUCAAGGCAAAAGCCAACGCCGAGAUGAGGUUCACUACCAAGAACGAGAUGAUCUCGUCCCUUCAAGCGCUCAUGGCACAUCUUUGGAUAUCAGUGACACGUGGCAGGGGUCUGAGAGCCGACGAAGAUGUCCGUUACAGAUUCGCAGUCGGGCUGAGGUCAAGACUCCAGCCGCCGUUGCCAGAAGGGUAUCUGGGAAACGCGGUCAGUUCUUGGACCGUACAGUGCAAAGCAGGGGAGGUGUUGGAACGUGGAUUGGGGUGGGCGGCGGCGCAGAUUAAAGAAAGGAUUAGUUCUCUUACGACGGAGAAAGUGAGAAAGAACUUGGAGGAUUGGGUUGAGAGCCCUACGUUUCCAGACUUAGGGAGACUACCGCCAAACUUAUUGCUGAGUGGAAGUUCCCCUCGGUUUGAUGUUUAUGGUAAUGAUUUUGGUUGGGGAAGACCGGUGGCUGUUCGAAGCGGUCCGGUGAAUAAGAUUGACGGCAACCUAACGCCGGUUCCUGGGGCUGAAGAAGGAACUAUUGACUUUGAAGUUUGUCUUUCUCCGGCUACAAUUAAAUACUUGAUUGAGUCUAUGACGUAAGAGCGAUGAAAAGAACUGAGCCCACUCACCGGCCCCCUUCUCCUGCCUUUUCGGUUUUGACGUUUUAGUUUAGAAGAUCUUGUUUGAUUGGUGAGAUAUUGUUUUGUUUUAUUUUAAUCUGAGUUGUAUUUCUGCUAAAUACUCCCACAAAUUGAAACAGAAGGAUUUAUUUUCUUCCUAAUAAUUAGCUUUCAGAAUUCAUAAACCAAAA